AUGAACUUCGUUAAAGACGUCAUCGGGCCUGCGCGCACGAAAGCCGCGUUGGCGGUCGCCGACUCCGCUCUGGGAAAGGACAUCGCCGUAAAGACAGAUGUGGAGGUCGUCAACGACAAAGGCACCUUCGACUUGAUCCGCACUCUGCGGCUGUUUUUCACGAAGCUAGUCGAUUCCGUUUCAGAGGAGUCGCUCAAGCAGUUCCAGCUGGGGCUGGCGCAUUCGUUUUCGCGUGCUAAGAUCUCAGACGACUCUUUAUACCGAGACAAGCACUGCUCGCAGGCUGUGACAGCGCUGGAUACCAACGACCGGCUGCUCAACAAGCUUGGAAUGCGGUUGAAGGAAUGGUACGGUUGGCACUUCCCGGAGCUAACCAAGCUCGUCGAAGGCAACGCGGAGUACGCGAAGUUCGUGCUGCAGAUUCGCGAUCGGCUGAAAUACGAUGUAAAGGAGCAGCAUGACGCACUGCUGGCGGUCUGCAGCGGCGACGAGCACCUGUGUCUGAGAAUUGAAAAGUUGGUGAAAAUGUCGGCCGGGUGCGAAAUUUCGGAGCAAGACGCGGAAAACAUGUUUCUCAUCGCCAAGCAGAUCGUCGGUUGGGCUGCGACGCGCUCGAAUUUGUCAGGCUACUUCUCGUCGAUAAUGAGCUCUGUGGCGCCAAAUUUGAAGGCGCUCGUUGGCGACUCGAUUGCUUGCAAGUUGAUGUCGCACUCGGGCGGCUUGCUGAAUUUGGCGAAGCUUCCCGCUAGCACGGUGCAGCUGCUGGGCGCGGAAAAGGCGUUGUUUCGCGCUUUAAAGGCGCGAGGUCCCACCCCAAAAUACGGACUCAUUUAUCAUGCGUCGGCAGUAUCAAAGGCCAGCGCUAGAAACAAAGGCAGAAUUUCUCGUUUCCUGGCUAACAAAUUAUCCCUCGCAAGUCGGCUCGACGCCUUUGGCGAACACACUGGUGUGUACGGAACAUUAUUUUGUGAACAAGUUAAUGAGCGCCUCCAAUAUCUAGAUGCAGGGAUUGUCCCUACAAAAAAUUUGAUUGUAUCAGACAGAGCGAGAAAUCUAAAACAUGCCCAACAACAACCCUGA